AUGUUGCGGCAAGGCGAUCCAGAGGCAUUAAAACUAUCGGAUGAGAUCGCCAGACGGCUUGCAAAUGACUUGAAGCGUCAUGCAGGGAUUGCAACUUCGUUGUCCCCGGAACUAUUGUCAUGUGCAGCCGUUGUGAGAGACUGCUCAAAGGGUGGCGUCUUUCAGACUUCGCCGGAUUGGGGGUCUGUUACUGACAAGGAUCCGAGAAUUAAGGGUCACCCGCGGUUCAACAAGACAAUCAAUUACCGACCUAUCGUCGGCAUUGAGAGUCCUGAUCUUCCUGACGCUCAGACUCCAACAGCAAUAACAAGAAUAUCCUCCUCUUCCUCCUCCUCUGGAACUUCGGCACUGGUCUCAUUGACAACACCACCCGUCGCGGCUGCAUCUACUUCGGUCCCUCCUCCCGGUGACAUAGACCGUUCGAGCAUAUCCGCCGCACCGGCAAUAGAACUGUCGCCAUUGUCACCGUCCCCAUUCUCAAAGGCAUUGGAACCUCUGACCCCCCUUCCUGUGUCAGCUCCAAUCCCGCUGAAAUACAACCUUUUUGUGCCAGGCAUUAAGAAUGCGGUGAAUGCAAUUCCAAAGGGCGGCAAUGGUAAGAAGAGACGGGCGGAAGAUGACCAACCGAUAGAGGCUAAAUUAGUUGACAACUCGACUUCCCGGUCACGGAAGUCUGUUCCGAAGAGGAAAAGGGUAAUGUCGGCUGAUGAAGACAAUGAAACUACCAACCCAGUUCUGAUGCAGCUGACCCACCACAUGACUAUAUUCCCUAAGGUGGUACCAUCACAGAGCAUCACCGAAGAGGAUUUGGCAUCGGCACGUUCGCAUCACUCGGAAGGCACAGAUGAUAGAGGUUUCUGGGAUGCAGAAAGCAGGCCUGUUGAAUGGGGCCAGGACUCUGCUAUCGCCACGGCAGUGAAGUAUUCCGUUCGUCAUCACCCACAGAAAUGCGACAAGUGCACCAAAUUGGGUGUGGCCUGUCUUGUCCUCCCGGAUAAGAAGUUCGGAUGCAUUCGACUUGCCUGCGCUAAUUGCGAUGAUAUGAAGAUCACAUGUGCGAUCAACGGAGUCGGCGUCCGAGAAAGAAUGCAGGCAAAGGCAAAGGCAAAGGCAAAGGCCACAGCGGCAGGUGACGCCCACCCUGUCAGACGAUCUAAGUCACGUGCCCCCAAGUCCCGAGUUGUGAACAAUACUCCGGUAAAUACCCGGUCCCGGCAGAUCUUGAUACCGCCGGCGCUGUCCUCUUUGGAUGUUGAGCCUAACAACAUUGAACACGGAGACUCCGCACUGGAUGCUAACCCAAUAGGUUCAACCGAUGCCUACGAUGCGCCCAUCGGUGCAAGCCGAGGCGGAAACGCCGCGCAGCCCGAGCCAACUGCGAGGGAUAUCCUCCAGAGCAUCCAGGACCUUGGAAGGCGGCUUGAUCUUCUCGCCACCAGCGAAAGGGUCGAUGAGUUGGAUGCAAGACUCGGUUCGGUGGAAGAUGUCUUUGGGCGGCGAUUGAAUGCACUUGAGCAACGUCUCAAUUCAUCUGAUACAGAAUGGAGAGCAAUGUCAGCUUCUGUUGGCCAUUUAACCAUUGCUCUUCGGGAUCAUAAAGAUGAUCUUACUGCACAUCGUUCCUGGAUCAACACUACCGCUUAUGCCCCCCCAAGUCAUGCAAAUGCACACCUGCCGGCCUGGCUCGCUCAGAGUGACGAAGACCCGCACAUCUCAGCAAUCGGCCGACAGUGGACUCAUGCGUGGGAUGCGUCCGUGAUGACGGGUGUUCAAGGGCAUGUCGGUACCUCAGCAUCUGCUGUGCUCGUUACGGAAACCGUCGAUUCCAUGGUCCCGGCAGCGGAUGUAUCGCCAGACACCUCUAGCGAUCUCUCAACGAUAUCCGAUGAUUAA